CUCUCCCACAAUUCAACAGGCACCAGAAGGAGAGAAGAAGAGGGCGACAGAAAGUAUUUAAAUAAAUAGAUUGUUUGUUGAAGUACUACAAUACAACAUAAAUAGCCAAAGCUAAAACGGGGAACCUUUGCAACACACUUUUGUUUUAUUUUUAUAGCUAGCGAGAUACAGUUGCUUCCACGAAAUGUGUUUGACUGCUAAGCUAGCCGACUGGCUAAACUAAGUAGCUAGCAAGUUAGCUCAGCUCGGUUCCGGCCUAAAAUAGCUAACGCUCGCUCCAUUUUCAGAUUUCGGGAGAAAAAAAAGCUAUUCAAGUGUACAUUACCACGUAUGCAGAUGUUCAUCUAACGAAAGCAAGGGGAAGCUGAUGGAACUUUAGUCCAGCUGAGUCACCAAUUCUAGUCAUGCAAUGGGGAUGAGCGCUCUGCAGUGUGUAUGACCAGCUGUCUCCAGCCUGAUGGGAGGACUCUGUGGAUAGCAGCAUCGUCUUCAGUACUCCAGGAGGAGAGUAGCCGCCCCUGCCAAGGAGGGCCGUUUAGAAUGAAGAAAAUCAGCCUUAACACCAUCCGCAAGUCCCUCAACAUCAAGGUCAAGGAGGAAGGAGGGGGGGACUUUGUCAUGCUCCAGCAGCCCUCGCUAGCGGCCGACUUCUCCAAGGAGGAAUCGCUCUUCGGAGGCUGCUACACUAAAGAUCUUGCGGGCUGCAACCUGGGAAUUGGUGAUGUGGGUGAGGAGAAGGCGGGACACAACAAGGGCCGGUCUAAGAGUGAGAGCCUGAUGGGUUCUCUGAAGAGGAGGCUGUCGGUCAAGCAGAAGGCCAAGGUCAAAGGUGGCUCAUUAGCCAUGGGGUCGGCUGACGAUGAUGACACCUUCUCCUCCUCCUCGGUCCCAAUCAGCUUCAACGAGGUCAAGGCCCAGCGUCCGUUACGAUCAGCGUCGCUCCGUAGCCACCAUUACAGCCCGUCUCCAUGGCCCCUGCGGCCUGUCGCUUCAGAUGAGGCCUGCAUCAAAAUGGAGGUGAAGGUUAAAGCCAUGGUCCAUUCCCCCAGCCCAGACCUGAAUGGCGUGAGGAAGGAGUUCCGCCACCAUGACUUUCAGAUGGAGAACAUCUUCCAGGAGCCGCAGAACGGAGACCUGAACAGUGACAAACACGUGCCUGUAGUCCUGGGCUUCACGCCACAGGACUACAUUCAGUACACCAUGCCUUUAGAGGAGGGGAUGUACCCAGAGGGGUCCCACUCUGUCCCCCACUCCUUCUGCCUGGACAGGUCGCUGCCUAUGGAGGUGGUGACGGAGGCGGACAGUAGUUCCCUCCACGCCGACCACCAGAGUCAAGAGGACCAGGAUCUGGUGAGUCUGAACCGGAACCUUCCAGCGGACCUCUUCGUGGAGUCGCAGUCGGUGAACGGCCUCUUCAUCGGCUCUACCGGUGUGAUGCUCCAUAGCUGCAGGGUCAACGCUCAACAACACCCCGCUCCUCCCCAGCGCUCCCCUCUCCUGCCCGCGUUACCCAGCAACAACAUCUCCAGGACUUACUCCAGGUUCGGCGGGGCAGAUGGCCACGUGGCGGCCCGGGUUAGGCAACACCUGAACUUUGACCUCGACUCUGCUCCAGGGGUGAGUCGGCUGUACGACUCAGUCCGGAGCAGUGGACCAAUGGUAGUAACCAGCCUGACUGAGGAGCUGAAGAAGCUAGCCAGGCAGGGCUGGUACUGGGGACCUAUCACACGCUGGGAGGCCGAGGAGAAGCUGGUCAACCUGCCUGACGGCUCGUUUCUGGUCAGGGACAGCUCGGACGACAGGUACCUCCUCAGCCUUAGUUUCCGCUCCCAGACCAAGACCCUCCACACCCGCAUCGAACACUCCAACGGACGCUUCAGCUUCUACGAGCAGCCUGAUGUGGAGGGACACACGUCCAUGGUGGACCUGAUAGAAUUCUCCGUCAAAGACUCUGAGAACGGAGCCUUCUGUUAUUCUAGAUCUCGCUUACCAGGGUCCGCCACCUACCCCGUCAGGCUGACCAAUCCCGUGUCUCGGUUUAUGCACGUGCGCUCUCUGCAGUACUUGUGUCGGUUUGUGAUUAGACAGUAUACCAGGAUUGACCUAAUUCAGAACCUGCCUUUGCCCAACAAGAUGAAAGAUUACCUGCAGGAGAAGCACUACUGACUCGGUUGACACAGAUGUGAGAUGGGACAGACAACGUUAGCAACUUGCACUUUUGGGUUCAGUUUAAGAGAUUCAACAAAGGUUUACAGACAUCUGUAGUUUGGAGACGAUCGAUUGGGUUCCAUUGGCUCUUUGUUUGUGUCCAGGGAUGUCUGAAAUUGAACCCUAUUAUGUAUGUAGUGCACAACUUUUGCCCAGAGCACUAGCUUAAAGUAGUGCACUACAUAGGAUGUAAUUUCAGAUUACACUUUGGUUAUUUUUAUUAGUGUCUAGUCCUCCGUUUCUCAGUUAAAGGAUUGUCGCCAAGCCUCCAGAGAGACGUAUCAUAGCAUCUCCGUUUCCCAGUUAUGGUUAAGUCAUCGUAGCCUAGCCUCCAGAGACGUAUCAUAGCAUCUCCGUUUCCCAGUUAUGGUUAAGUCAUCGUAGCCUAGCCUCCAGAGACGUAUAAUAGACUAUCCAUUCAUCAGAUAAAGGGUUAAGUCAUUGUGGCCACGCCUCCAGAGUGACAUAUCAGAGAAUCUGUCAGGAAGUGUGCAGCGUGACUAAGUUACAGCUAACAACAUUUAUCAGCAGUGAGAUGGAAAGAUCAAUAUUUCUCUCCCCAGUUGCUGUAGUAAACUGUAAACGCUAGAAUGGCAAGCUCAGCCUUCUGAAUAAUGUCAAUGUGUUUUUGCCUUCUGACUGAAAUGUACAGAUUUAAAAUAUACAUUUCAUUUAAUUCACUGCAGCCUUUUAAGAUGUCAAACCCAAGCCAGCUUUUAAUGAAACCAUAAUGAAAUGCAUAUCCAGUCAGAUUUUUUAAAAUGUAUUCUUCAUUUGGCUAUUUAUUUUUGAAAGAUUUCCCUACAACUCUAAACACAGUGGGGCAUAUCUUUUGACAAACAAUUAUUAUAAUUUGUUUUUGCAUAAACAAUUUUAUCCUCUUAAUUUCUGAGUUCUUAAAACAGGGUUAAUUCAACCUUAUUUGUCAUCCAUCAAGUUGGUUAAUGACAACUGCUAAUAAGAAGUGUAAGCUGUAUGUGGGUGCAUGUAGACAACUUUCUCUCUCCCACUAUAAUGGUACUAUUAGGAAAGAUACAGGAUAGUUUGUGUCGUCAUGCACUUCAACUUAAUAAGCAUGCAUCAAUAUCAUCGCUUUGUAAAGGAAAAUAUCAGUAAGUAAUUAACCUGAAGAUAAAAACAUUUAUUAACUGCUUCUUGAAUUAGGAGUGUCAGAAAAAGCUGCCCUCGGAACAAUUUAAGUGCCGUGUACAGUAUGCUUAGCUCUGUGUGCAUGAAGGGUGUUUGAACGGUCAGACGCUGUAGAGUCCUGGGCCAACUCGGUACACAGGACGGGAGUAUCGACUAAAAAGGGAACGUCUCAUUUUCAUUUCUAGAGUAACAUUUAUCACUAAACACAUUUUAAGGAAACUUUGUGAAAGGGAAUCUCAAAAAUGGGGCUGCUUAGGUCGAGGCAUUUGGGGAGGGGGUUGGGGGGGGAGCCAGAAUAGAUGACUGGAGCCCCUUCCUCAUAUUUGGGAGGUCGCAAGGAGAGUGGGAGGGGAGAUGUACGUGACAGAAUUCCCUCCCAGUGCAGUAAUGUCCUUCUCCAUGGAGAAUGAGCUUGAGGCUUUUGUGGGAAGUUUGCCCAAUGACUUGCAUGAGUGAUGUCACGCUGUCAUACUCUCGACUUCAUGACAGUUUUCCAGUUUGACGUUUUAAAAUGGAUCCACUGUCAUGCUUCCUGUCAAUGUUAACCUACAUAUUCACAGUCUGGCCGGGCUGUUUUGUAUCAGAACAAAAAGGGACAGAAGAAUACACUGUAUGCUAUGCAAGUGCUUUCUAAACAGAUACUUUGACAAGGAAUCAUAGUUUUACACAUGUUAAAAGGAUCUCCGACUACUUUGGUAGGCUGGUAGAUAUGUAUAGUCUAGGCCUAGGUAGUAAAUAUCUGUUGGUAUCUAAGGUGGUUACCAUGACACCCGGAUAGCAGAGGGUAGAUAAGAUUAGACGACGUCGGCAUGUUUCAAAAGUGUUGCAUAAAGAUUUGUUUGGCAUUUUAUUGCUUUGAAAUGUAUAGUAAUGAAGGAUCUAGGUAAUGUUGUCAGUCUGGUGCAGAAGGAUUGUUCUACUCAGUUAUGUCGCCAUCACCAGCUGGGUGUUCUGUGUGCAAGGACUCUAAUAUUCGUUUUAUUUCCUGUGACUUGUGACAUUAAACUCUGUCAUUUUGUGGACUCGUAGGGUGUUUGUUACCUGCAGGUUACACCAGGGACAUAGCUGUGUGUGAGAGGUUACACCAGGGACAUAGCUGUGUGUGAGAGGUUACACCAGGGACAUAGCUGUGUGUGUGAGGUUACACCAGGGACAUAGCUGUGUGUGAGAGGUUACACCAAGGGACAUAGCUGUGUGUGAGAGGUUAUACCAGGGACAUAGCUGUGUGUGUGAGGUUAUACCAGGGACAUAGCUGUGUGUGAGAGGUUACACCAAGGGAAUGGCUGUGUGCAUGUUUUAGCAAGGUAAAAUAUUUUUUAUCAUGUAAGACAAAUCUCCACUUGCUUGAAGAUGAAGCCACGUUUUUGGGCACGGUUCCUCACCGGUAAAUUUCCAUUGUUUCCCCUUACUAAUAUUGUCCCUGGAAUGAUGGCAUUAAUAAAAGUCACAACAUACAGUCCAACGAAUGAUUUCUCCUGAGCACACACAGGUGGGGUACCUGUUAAUGAAAUGAACUGAAUUUUGUUAUUAUGUCUAUGGGAUACAAAGGGUAAGACAGCAGUUUCAUAUCUAAGACUGUUGCUAGGUUAUCAAGGAACAACGAUGACUAGAAUGUGGUACAUUGAAUUGAAGAAAACAAAUGUGAAAUGAAAAUGUUUAAUUGUUUGACGAAUGUACGCUUUGUUGUAUUUUUUUUAAACAUUUUAUUCAGGGUCCGGACAAAGUGCUUGAGGUGCUUAAAGUAAUUGAAUUUGGCACUCCUGAAAUUCAAGUACUGGAAUACCUUGAAAAUCAGACAAUUUCUCCAGUUGGUACAUGAAAAGUACUUGAUCAAAUAUGUUUAAGAAAAAAUAUAUAUUUUUAAAUGUAUUGGUCUUGCAUAUUAUUAUCAGGCAGAGUACAGUGUUAUUUCCUCACGUUUGGCGCUCUAGUUGCCAGGUGACCACACCAGCCACUCAGCCAGGCUGGUGCAGAACUGACUGAUUAUGUGUCACCAAUAGCUAAAACGCUGGGCAAAUGUAGAUUAAAUCCUACCUUUUGUGCGUAUGGAACAUUUCUGGGUUCUUUUAUUUCAGCUCAUGAAAUAUGGGACCAGCACUUUACAUGUCGGGUUAUAUAUUUUUGAUCAGUGUAGUUUACCUACAAAUAAAUAAAAAAACAUGUACCACUACAUCACUGGACCCAAUCAACUCAUACCGUGUAAGGUGCACAAAAAUGCGUCAGACUUUGACAUGGGUGAAUCGGCCCCGAAGAGCCACAUGAAGGACGGAAGACAAUGCUGCAUCCAGUGCCAGUUCUACAUCGUGACCUUUUUUCUCUGCAACAACUUCCAGAGCUUUUUGUUUUUACCAACCGCCUCGUUCACGCGUCGCCAGCGAAAUUCAGCUUUAUUAAGCUGCCGCCGUUCUGGUGGCCGAUCAGGUGCCAUUUCCCCUCACACAGCCCACCCAACCUUCUCCCGACCCGCGACUCUAGAGCUGCCAUUCAGUAAACAACAUGCUUUUGCGUAGCUAUUAAGUAGUAGAUUCCCAAAUGCCCAAUUAACACUAGUCCUAAAGCUGGAAUUGUGUAGUAAUGUGAAAUGUGUUCACCAUUAGGCAUUGCCCAAAACUCUGCUCAUCACUACUCAAAUUACAACAUCAGUACUGACUUACUGUUCAUGUAUGUAAUACAUAAGUAGAGAAAUGAUGUAUUAUUGAGUAGAAUUUGUAAGGUAGUGAUGAAAUAGUAAGUUGUAUUUUUCCAUCAGGUUGUGGUGUUAUACUGUCAUCUGGUGGUAACUAGAAAAAAUAGCAUAAAAGGAACUAUUACAGAUUGAUGACCCUUGAAAAUAACUAUUAGUGCUUGAAAAAGUACUUAGAAGUCCUUGAUUUUGACUUACUACUGUCUGUACGAACCUUGAUUUAUUGUGUGGCAGAGCCAGGCAAACUGGUCCCCAAUUGGCUAAACACUCACUGAGUCUUUAUUAUGGGUGUUUCUCUGCUAUGAUACUUCAGUAGCCCGUGACUUGUUUUGUUCAUUAUCACUGAGUCAUUGCCUUCCUAUGUGUGACUUUUAGAGGUUGAUGCUUAUUCAAACUGCUGAAGCAUUUUUUUUAAAUUCAUGAGUUGUUUAGCAGUUGGCGAACAAGCUUCACCCAUUUUAUAUUGUUUGUUUGUUGCGCAUCUCUGCAAAUGAAGGUGAUUUGUUUACAAUGAUUUGGUGAAUACCAGUUUUUAUCCCCAUCUUGGUUAUUCUCGCUUCUAUCAUGGACACCUUUGGUACAAUUGAAAAAAAAAAAAAAAAAGUUUUGUUUUUGUGUGUUCUACACAUUUGAGUUACUUCAUGAAUAUGAUAUUGCCUUUCUUGUAUUAAACUAUGGGGAAAGAGUGUCGCCAUUUUGAAGUAUGUACACACUGACUUUUAUCACCUUGGGAGAACAAAGUAGAUUUUGCAAUUUGUAAACAGUUUUAGUCAGUGGAAAAAUCAUUAGCUAUUAGUAAGUCCUUUUUUUUAGAAGGGGAAAAACAACUUCAGUUUACAUUGUCUUUUUCUUUUGAAAAAUAAACGAUUGUGAUUUAUUGCACAUUUUGGAUACAGUUGAAGUUUUUGUAUAAAUUAUAAAUAAAAACUAUAUUCAGA